UUAAAAACAGACAUACAAAUCAGUGUUGGAGGUCCAGAUGACCAUGUCCUAGAUGGGUGUGCUAUGCGCCAAGCUGCCCCGCUAUUCCUACUCUUUCUGCUGCUGUUUUAGGGCCUUGCCGAUAACUAAAGAGUUCCAGGUGCUGCUUUUGGGUCCCGCUGGCAGUGGCAAGACGGAGCUAGGCCACCGGAUGAGCGGUCAAGAGCGUGACUGCGAUGAUCUGGAUCCAACCAAUGGAGUGCGAUGCUUUCGCAUGGAUUCGGCGGCUGUGCAGCGCGAAGAUAUCGCUGUGGAGUUGCAGCUUACGGAGGUUGGUGGCAAUGUGCAAAUGCAGCGCCUUUGGAAGCACUACUACGCGGCCAGUCAUGCACUGAUCUACUGUUUUGAUCUCCAUUCGGGAAUGGAGGAGCUGGAGGACACGUUUGCACUGUUGCGCAUGUGCCUCCAGGGCACACCUCUGGAUGGGAAGCCUGUGCUGCUGGUGGCAAAGCGACACCGCGAUGGAGUGCAAUUAUACGACGUAGAGCAUACCUUUGGACUGGACCAGUUGGCACGCUCCUGCGGCUGCCCCCUGCACAUCUGCCACAUGGACGACGCCACGAAUCUGGAGUACGGCAUUGUUUGGCUGUGCCAUCAGCUAGUGAAACGGCGUACCAUGCUCGAGAAGCGCGUGCGAUACGACGUUAACAUGCAGGUAUGGCACCGACGCAACAAGUCACUCAUCUCCAGUAGCAAGAUAUCGCAAGUGCAUCGCGGCCGUUUCCGUCGUCCUCACAGAAAGCUCUGGCCAAUAGUCGAUGGGGCUAAUCAGGAAACGGCGCGUCCAAGUACGGCGCCAACGACAAUUUUCUUAGUUCGCUCGCGACAAGAGGCAGCACCAAAUCCAGAGCAAGCAGCGUCUUAG